GUUAAUGUAAGCUCGUGACCAAAAUACUGGAUCGUGGAAACGCUUACAAAUCGACUUAUUUUGGGCAAAUACUUAUUGCUUAGGGCUGGUAUAACAUCACCAAUGUUUUCAUCAUUUUCAUUCCAUAAAUAUGCAAAGGAAAAAGAAAUAAACUAGUUUCAGCAACCUCAUCAUAAAUAUGUUGGGUUGUAUUGAAUAGCCUUGGAGCACAUCCCGGUCGACCUUGACUAACUGGGCAGUCAUAUGGAAUACCAUGAAUAAUAGUUCUUUGGAGCUUGUGAACACGACACAUAUCUUACAGAAUCUAACAAGCAGUGAAAAAUAUUUAUUCGCUACUUCUGCAUAUGCUCAAAUAAUUGCUUGUUUAUGUGCACUGUUGUCAUCCGUGAUUACAUUUCAUCAAAUGUACUUUCACCUCAAAAAUUACACAUGUGUUUCUGAACAACGAUAUAUCAUACGGGUGUUGAUUUUAGUGCCGGCUUAUGCCAUCUAUUCAUUUCUAAGCGUUUUGCUUGCUAUACAUGCGAUGGUGGACAGUAUAUAUAUCGACUUUAUACACGACAUUGCAGAAGCAUUUGCUAUUUACAGUUUUUUAGCUUUGUGUUAUCAGUAUCUUGGAGGGGAAGGUAAUAUCAUGUUAGAGCUUACUGGAAAAACGAUCAAUUUCAGUUUACUGUAUAGUACAUGCUGUUUCGCUGGAAAACCAUACACCAUAUUGUUUCUACGGUUUUGCAAAAUAGCUACUCUUCAGUAUACUUUGAUCAAACCAAUUACUUCAUUCACGUCUAUGAUACUAAUGGCUACAAAGAAGUAUAUCGUUGGUGAUUUUGGUCCUACAUCAGGCUAUCUGUAUUUAUUCCUGAUCAAUAAUGCCACUGUGACUCUUGCUGUUUAUGGUUUAUUGUUGUUCUAUUUUGCAACUCGGGAGCAAUUGAAACCAUUCUCACCAUUACUCAAAUUUGCUACUAUUAAAUCGAUCAUCUUCUUUAGUUUUUGGCAAGAUGUAUUAUUCAGUAUUCUCGAGUGGAGUCAUGUUAUAAACAUGACAAGUGGAUAUUCAGCAACACUAAUUGCUGGUAUCUACAAAAAUUUAUUAAUAUGCAUUGAACUGGUUAUUGUUUCAAUUGCACUACGUUAUGCAUUUCCCUAUAGUAUUUAUGUGUUACACAAUCCACCUCGCCUUGUUUUUGACUUACCUUCAAACGAUUCUUUCUGGUCUAAUGAUGAAUUUCUAUUUUCUACAAAACCGUCUGUGGGUUUUAAAUCAUCAAAAGACUCAACGGUAUUUAAUUCAGUCAAAGACAAUUCAUCACAUUUCACACCGGCAACAUUUGUCGGUUAUGCACCAUCAACAAAAUAUGCUGAACCAUUACCAUGGGAUAUUGUUGUUCCACAAUUGAACAAUGGUGGGUUUGAAGAAACAUGGAAUACUAAAAAUUCAAGUGUGAUUCCAAGUAUAUCUGCAAGUAUCAAGGCAACUAUUGAUCCUACAGAUAUACUUGUUGAUGCAGUUCACAAUUUUCAUCCUACUUAUCGUCAUUAUACUCAGGGUUUACAGCAGUGGAAUAUCUCAUUUUUUUCCCUUAAUACUACUGUUUUUACAAUAGACUCAAAUGGAUGAAGAAAGUUAAUGAAUCAUAAAAUUCCAAAUGUGUCCAAAUGUAUCUACGUAAUUUCUUCCUGAAAUAAAUAUUCGACCAAAAUAAUACACUAUGUACAUUUCAUCAUAUAUAUUAUUCGGGUUAGAAUGUUCGAUUCUUUUUGUAUUUCUGUGAAGAAAACAACAUAGCUAAUCUUUUAUAUUCACAUAAUACCUGUCUUUCGCUGUUCCUCAUAAGGAACAAUUUCUUCUUUUUUAUUUGUAUAAUAGAUAGUACAUUUGAUUUAAAACUAUUGAAAUAAAGGUAUUUUCAGAUUCAGUUUUUAAAAAAAUCAUUUUCCACAAUUUCCAUCGGUCCUUCUUUAGUCUUAUCAGAUAUUUACCUUUUAACAAUGAAAAGAAUUCAAAGGAACUAUCGUGAUUAUUGCUUUGUUAUGUUUCAAAUAAUUUUCUAAAAUGAAUUUAGUGAAUCGCAUUAACUGGGAAUAUCUAUCUCCAUGAUCUUAUAUUACCCUAAUUGUUUUUUUUUACAAGUUAAUACAUUAUUUGUGAUCGUUAUC